AUGGCCGAGGAGAAGAAGGUGGUGAAGGAGUCGAAGGACGAGCGAAAGACGAUCCCGCCGUUUGACGGCAGCGACUUUGAGGUGUGGCUGGAGCGAGUCAAGCUCAAGCUGCAACGCAAGAAGCUGUGGCAGUUCUGCGAGAAGGACGUCGCGGAGCCCGAGGAGAGCAAGGAAGCGGAUCACGACGACUGGGUGAGCAAGACAACAGGAAGGCAGAAGGAGGCAAGGCGAGCGCUGAAGAUCAAGCCUUCUACGCCGGUGGUGGCCGUGGUCGUGGACGAAGCGGUCGUGGACGUGGUCGAACGCGGUUUUGGUGGCCGUGGUGGGGCCAAUCAAGGUGGAGGCCGCGGCGCCGGUCGAGGCAGCGCCGAGACGAAGCGGGGUGCUGGCUGCUUUCACUGUCAUGAGUAG